CAAUUAUUUAUCAAAAUGAAGUGUUUAAUAUUAAUAUCCUUGCUGUCAUAUUUACACACCGGUUCAUCCAUACAUUGUCGGCAAUGCAGCGCUGAAAUAGAUGCCAACGAUUGCAAUUCAACAUCAUGUACAAUACCUUGUUCCACCGUUGAUUGUAGCUGCCUUGGUCUGUGUUACACCAACGUUAUUCUAAACUUCUCUGGCAAACACUCCGUACAGGCGGCUUGUAUACAACAGUUAUGUCCAACAAGAGCCAGCUAUCUAAACCUCUACACUAAGCGUCAGAUAGAGGGGUAUUGUGACGUAAGCAAGGGUGUUGUGACGUGUGAAUGUGCCUCAGAUGACUGCAAUCACAUGAUAUCAUUUGAACCAAUCACAAUCGAUGACGAAGAUAUAAUAAUUGAAGACAAAUACGAUUUGUCGUCCAUCAUCGUUGGUGUCUUGGUAGGAUUUCUCCUCCUUUGCCUUCUUGUGGCUGUGGUGUGGUACAGUGUAGGCCGGUAUAGAAGGUUAAAAGAUGAAGAAUUUGAAAGUAAAUUGACAUCCGGGAGCAGACUAUCCUCCGAUGAUGCGAGUCUUAUUGAUGGUUGGGAUGAUAGUGGGAAACAUAGUUACUCAGCUUACAGAUAUUCAUCAAGCGUUGCUACCCAGUAUAGUCGUGGGUCACGUGGAAACGUACUCAACCAUAACGACCAACAUUUACCGAUCGAACUUCAAAAAAUAAUCGGCAAAGGAAGAUUCGCUGAGGUUUGGAAAGCAAAUCUACAACAAGAUGCUUCUCCUCCUCAAGUUGUUUCAGUGAAAGUAUUUCGUCUCCACAAUUAUGGGGCGUGGAGACAAGAGAAAGACAUGCUAACUGAAAGUUGGAUGAGACACGAAAACAUCAUUGAAUUUUAUGCUUCUGAGCAACACACAGUGCGAGGUCGGUUGCAGUAUUGGCUCAUAACUUCUUACUAUCAAGAGAAAAGUUUAGCUGACUUUUUGGGCUCCAAUAUUCUUGACUGGGAUCAGUUUUGUGACAUGGCAACCUCAAUAGCUAAAGGGUUAUCAUACCUGCAUGCGGAGAGAGAUGACGUGGGUCGCCCCAAGAUACCAAUCGCCCACAGAGACGUCAAAAGUUGUAACAUCCUUGUGAAAGAUGGCAGGAGAGAAUGCGUGUUGGCUGACUUCGGGCUUUCACUCAAGUUGGACCCGAAGUUGAGUCGUGAUGAACUUGCAAACGCUGGCCAGGUUGGAACAUCAAGGUACAUGGCUCCCGAGUUAUUGGAAAGACUGGUUAACCUCACAGAUAUUGAGAUGUUUAAGCGAGUGGACGUUUACGCGAUGGCUUUAGUUUUGUGGGAGAUGGCGAAUCGUUGUGAAACUUCAGAAGGCAUGGCGUCUCCGUAUAAACCACCGUUUGGAGACAAAAUAAACGACCGACCCACCAAAGAUCAAAUGCUGCUUCUUGUGUGCAAAGAGCGCCAACUACCGAGUAUUCCGGAGAAAUGGAAAAAGCACCAGGGUCUCUCUGAAUUCGUUGACACCAUACUGAACGAAACAUGGGAAUAUGACGCUGAAGCUAGAAUCACCGCUAGUUGUGUGUUGGAGAGAUUUAAAGUAUUACGUCAUCAUGGUGACGUCAUCGGCUCUGACGGCAGUGACGUCGAGGAUAAGAUUCGUGUGAAAGCCAAGAAUGAAUCGAACAGAAUAUCUGAAGUUAUUUCAACAGUUGUGUGAAUAUGAAACGGUUGUUUUAUAUUUGAAACUGCUCACCAAAUAAUCCCCUAACCAGCAACUAACCAUUACUUAUGGGGUUCGAUCCAUGGGGUUACGGCUCAGGGGUUAGGGGGAUUCCCAUGGGGCAAGCAUAAGGCAACAACUAUGAAAAUCAUGUUCAUCCACAAUCUCCACUAUUUCGGUGACACAACUUGUUUCUUUAACAAACCUGGUCAUUAGUCUUUAAGACACGUUGAUGUCCACACGGAAGUGACAAGUAACUUUUAAAUGACAUUAUGCUAACUUAAUGUUUGGCAUAUUUAACCUUAUACCUCUCUUGUGUAUUUGGCAACCAUGUUUGUUAAUUCAGCAACCUCAGUUUUUAUAGUUUUGUCUAAUCAGAUUUGCCAUCAAUGGCCGCGUUGUUUGUAUGUAUGGCUUAUUAAAUGUAAAAUAUGACGUUUAAGAGAUGGAGCUCCGGAACCUUUAUAUAUUUUUCACCGGUUAAUGCCGUUGCAAGUCGAAGUUGGCAAUUUUUCCUUCAUAUAUUUUUUGAAUUUUCCGAUUUAGAAUCUAAAUAAGAUUUUUCCGUAGAGAUUACAUUGUUUUGUAAGAGGGUUGGUCCUCACACACAGAGCUGUAAGAAUUUCAAUUGCUUUGCAUUAGGAACCAACUAAAGGUUCCGGCAACUAUCGACCUAGAAAUCCAAUCUUUGAUUCUUUGUAUCUCGUAUUCCUUUAUUUCUUAUGAAAAUGUUUACACGUAUGCAGAAGUUUAAAAGUUCUUGUUACAAUAAAACAAAAAAUCAAGUUA